AUGCCUAACGACUACAGCGGCCUUCGAUGGAGUGUGGCGACAGCCUCCCUCAGCAUGAACCCUAUCCAUGACAUCUAUACCAAAUUCGAUGCCCUCCAGAAAGCCGGCUUCACCUACACUGAAGCGGAGAGGUGGCUGGUCCUUUGCUCCAAGCUUGGUGUCGAGCAGAUUCAGGUCGGAUCAAACGACUAUGCCGAGGCUAACGCCCCUGACGAGAAGACUGCCGACGAUCUGCGCUGGCUUGCGGAGUACGCUUCCAAGCUCAGCCCUCCCGUCAAGAUUGCCUACGAAAGCUGGUGCUUCUCUGAGCGCGUCAACACAUUUGAACACACCUGGAAGAUUGUCCAGAUCGCUGACCACCCCAACCUGGGUCUCUGUCUCGACACCGCUCACCCUCCCCUUGCUCCCGAGUACGGCUGGAACCCGACCACGGGCGAAGGCUGGACCGCCGCCAUCUCCGCCGACUCUAUCGGGCGCGUCAAGGCUGUUCCCAAGGGAAAAGAUCUUUCACAAACGACUACUUUAUCUGGGCUGCCCUUGGACGACCUUUACCUCUUGUCGGAAAAAAAUGCGGGUGAGAGUGCCAAGGAUGGGAAUGAUAUGGGUCAUGCGAAUGCUUUGCAAACUUUCAAGGCCGUCUUGGACCAGGGAUGGAGUGGUAUCGUCAUGUUCGAGUUCUUUGAGGUUCUCCGGAUGAGCCCUGCCGACCCCAAUAUUCCUUAUAAAUACGCCAAUGGUGCCGCCCUGUCCGAGAAGAGGUUGUUGGAGGCCCUCCAAAAGUAG